AUGACUCGGCAUGGGUCUGAUUUACGUCUGAGAAACAACAUUGCUUCUCCUAGUUUUGGCCAUUCAUCGCCAGCUGCAACUCAGCCGACAACUGGUGUUCCAGCUUCUCUCCCUAAGACACUUAGGCCCGUUGCUUCUAAGCUCCCCGAUGCGACUGAGAACGCCAUAACCUCGCCCGUCUCCAUCCUGGGCGAUGUCGAAAAAACUCACACCCGGGCUCGAUCUCGGACGGAAACUCCUAUCAAAAGUAACGAAGGGCCCGGGAGCGCGGCUCGAAGUAACACUCCGACAGCUUGGAGGUCGCCGUCAGAAAGCAGGCUAGCAUUGCGCCAACGAAGAGAUCCGCGUCCAACCAUUCAGGUACCCAAUGAGAAGGUUCAGACAUAUCUCUACCGGAUGGCUCCGCCCGGCCCCACGGAAGAACUGGCAAAAGAGAAUCGCAGCCUCCACCAGCGCAUUGCGGCUCUCCAACGGACCGAGACCGAUUUACUCAACGAGAACCAGAACCUCGCUCACAAGCUGGCCUCUACCCAAAACCGAUAUGACAGUCGGCAGAAACGAUGGAAGGAGGGGCUAGUGGAGAGGGAAGAUGAGUUCAAAGCCCGUAUCAGGGAUCUUGAACAUCGACUCGCUCAACAAGAGGCAGAGCUAUCACAAGUCGCAUUGAGUCAGGCUGGGGGGACGACCUUGGACGAUCUGGAUAUAGUUUCCUGGUUCGGAGAAAAACAAAGCACCUGGCAGGAGUGGGCGCAUGAUUUUGCCCAUCCAGACCCCAACAGAGUACGGGCCGGCCUCCAUCCUCUGCACUUGCGUGAGCUUUGCGAAGGUCUCAAAGAUUUCGUCCUGCUCACGGAUUAUGGGGAAAUUCCCGAAGAGCUUCUUGCCACGAUCGACGAUGGUGUUCGACCAGCUCGACUCCUCUUGCAUGGGAUGCUAGCAAACUUUAUUAUCUCAGAAACGCUCAAAUCCCCGUUUUGGGUGUUCGAUGUCAUCUCUGUCGACGCCCUGGAAUUGGAGAGCCCGAGUCUUCCGCGAGUCAACUCCAUGUCACCAAUCGGGUUUCGGAUGGAUCUCGCCAUGUGGAAUCUCAAUAUAUCUCCCCCUCGCGAGUCCAGAUCGCCUCGGCCGGCGCCAAUGACGGACCGCCUCGCCGGACCUCAAAAUAUACGGAAACUGCCCCGGCUCAUCACAUCAACACAAACCCCCGGUGUCUCCUCGGACGCAGUAACAAAACUUUCUGACCAAAGCUUACCAUCACGGAAAGCAAUGGAAAGUCUGUAUCAGCUAUUGUCGGAGCCCGAGGCCAGGCUCAAGUACGCGGGACAGCUCAAGGACAGGUUUCUUAGAGGCCCCGCCCGGUUCCUGCUUCAGCACCAGGAGAGAGCGGGGAUAGAGAAGCUGGAGUAUCGUCUGGUGCAGGAAAUCGAUGCAGCGCUGCGCUUCUCGUGUCAGAUAUGGUGCCGCCAGGAGACUCCUCUUGUCCGCGGUCUCCGAGAUCUCACGGAAAAGGCUUUGGGGUUCAACAGCAACGAGAUGCAGUUAUAUCAACCGCGAGCGCCACUUCAAGCCAAAGGAGUUGUCGGAACUGUUGUCAGAAACGCACCACAUGCCUGUCACGGUGGUCAGCCAGUGAUCAUGGUUCUCCAACCCAGCAUCAGCGUUAGGGCAACCACCAGCCACGAAGGAGCGGCCGAAGGUCAAGAAGCCAGCACAAGGAUAUGGACCAAGGCCACUGUUCUCGUGGCAACGCCGAAGGUUUCUGCGCAAGAGUCACCCUUUACACAACAGGGCGCAUCUCUGGACACCGCUUCCGUCAAACCCGCGGUUGAACCCCUGAGGUCCCCAACAACUUCCCUAGCCUCAUUUAUGGCUGGGGAAGAAUCGCUCAUGAUCUUACCGAACAUAGCAUUUGAGAAUGUGCCGCGGCCAUUAUUGAAACAAUCGCCGAAUCUUCCUCUACCAAUGGCGACCUAA